CGGACCUCCUCCCCCGCCCUCCUCUUUUUUUCUCAGCAGGGACAAAAUAGGAGCUAAGGAAGAACCUCCCUUCCUCCCCCAGCCAACCUAGCUCGGCCUCCCCUCUGGAGAGGGGAGAGCAAGGUGUGAGAGCCUAGGCUUCUUUGCUCCACCCCUCUCCUCUCCCCCAAACACAGAGCAGAAAUUCACCUCUGCCAGCAGCGUUGUCUGCAAGCUCCUGCAGGACGCGGCGUGCCCGGGGCGCAUGGCAGGUGGCCCUCAGCUCGCCUCCGUGGGCACAGCACGGACAGAGGCCUCCCUCUCCGGCAUGAAGCGCCUCCGCUCUGCACCCUGGGCCCCCCUGGUCCUCAGCCUGGCCUUUGCCUCCUUCCACUCGGCUUGCUUGGCAGCAAGCAGCAGCAGCAGCAACUCAACCUUGACUGUCCACCAUCCACACCUUGAGACCCUGGAGCAGUGCCCCACUGCCGACUUCUGCCCUCAGGCAGCCCGGUGCUGCCACACCGGCGUGGAUGAGUAUGGCUGGAUCGCGGCUGCCGUUGGUUGGAGCCUCUUGUUUCUCACCCUCAUCCUGCUCUGCGUGGACAAACUGAUGAAGCUCACGCCCGAGGACCCCAAGGACGUGCAGGCGUGAGGCUGAGAAUCCCCGUCCCCAGAAUGUCCAGCACCGCCCGUGUGUGGGGGAGGGUGCCAGGGGAGAGCCAUCAUUUCAAGGUCAUUUCCACCUUUAAACUCCGGUUACUUUUAAAAGGCGAGGAAGAAGGAAAGAUGGAUCCGAGCCACGCCAAGCCAGUGCCUCUUUCACCCCUAAUUUCCAAAGGCCCUUGGGUCCUCUUAUAAUCUCAUCAGCUCCUUUCUCAUGAGGGUCCCCAUGGGAGUGGCUUGUAUUCUAAUCAUCAUUUCCGGCUGGGGUCCAAGGGUGUGGUUCCCAAGAAAUAAGUUUUAGUCUUUUAGUCAACACAUUCGAAACUAAACUCAUCACGUCACCCAAAACA